AUGUCCACAGAGCUGCUAUUUUGCAAGUCAAAGGUGUUCGUACACUUCAGCAAAAGUGCAGAAGAUAGUAUCCCUGGGUUUCUAUUGAUCACCAAGGAUCCCCAGCAACCAUCGCAAGAUGCGACCCUUACUUGGAUCCCUGAACGUGAACUGGAUAAAACACAACUUAACGAGUUGCUCAAAGCAGAUUUACAAUUUGUGAAAGGUGUCUCUGGUAAAAAGAUGCGGAUAAGUAAAGAGAUUGUGAUCCAAGCAUUGUAUAUAUCAUGGGCUUUUUCUAUUAAAAUUAGUUCCAUUUAUUCGAUUCAAUUUCGUUUACCCAGCCCAAGCGGGUGGUGGUUUGGCUCUAUUGCAAUAAAUUCAAGAAUUCCACAAGAAAGAGAUACCAUUCCGUUAUUAUUCUUUCAUGAUAAUGUAUGCCCCUCUACGCUUGAGAAGCAAAAAAUCUUGAACAAAUCAUUUGAUCCUUUUAGUGGUACAAAUGUGUAUUGGGGGGCAAUCGAUUUCAAAGAUGCAAUGGUGGAGCUUGUGGAUUUCAAGCAGACCCUAGUUGAUCCUGCCGUUUGGCUUGUCAAUGCCACUUUGGAUGACCUAAGAAAUUUCUCGCCUAGUACAAGUGUAUCUACUACAACGGAGAGUAAGCCAAAAAAGACUCUGACAAUUUGGGAUAAACUCGAACAGGCUCGGUGGAACGUUAUGUCUAAAGUAGCUGAUGUAACUACAAAGUCAACUAAUACCAUGCUUGGCAUAAUAAAUCAGCAUCCUUUGGUGAAGCUGGUCGAUAAGCAUAGCAAUAAUCCAUAUGUCAAGCAGAUAAUGACAAAUCCUAGGGUGCAAGAGAUUCAAGAUGAUUUUGAUUCAGCGAAAAUCUAUUUGGCUAAGUGGGCUCUUGGUGUGAAAGAACAAGCUGAAAAAUACCAAACUACUCAUGGGUUAGAUGACACGUACAGAAGACUCUUGUACAAUGAAUUAGGCAGUGACGGGGAGGAUGUCAAGCUCACUGAUGAAGAACUGAAUGUUGCUAUGCAAAGGUCACAUCCACUUACAAAGCAGAAAUGGGAAUCUUUUUUUGAUCACGAGGGAAGGCUUUCCAUCACCAUAAAUGAAGUUAAAGACUAUAUUUUUCAUGGGGGUGUAGCUGAUAUGGAGUUAAGAAAAGAAGUAUGGCUAUUUUUAUUGGGUGUUUAUCCUUGGGAUUCAUCCGAGCAAGAACGUAAAGAUCUGGUUACAACAUUGCGAGAAUGCUACAGGGCAAAUUAUAAAUGUAAGUGGGAAUAUCGACAGACUAAUCCUGAUGAAGAGGAGGAAAACUAUUGGCAUGAUCAAGUCCUGCGUAUUGAAAAGGAUGUGAAAAGAAAUGAUAGAGACUUACCUCUCUAUAAGUAUAAUACAGAAGAUGGCAAGAAACCGGAGUUGCAAUCUUCGGGGCAGGAGGAUUGUGCUGAUGUUGUUGAUAACGAAGGCUGGACAAUUAAAAACCCACAUUUGAAUAGCUUGAGAAGUAUAUUACUCAGCUACAAUCUCUUCAAUAAUGACUUAGGGUAUGUUCAAGGUAUGUGUGACCUUCUUUCGCCAAUAUACUACGUUUUACAAGAUGAAGAGCUUUCUUUUUGGUGUUUUGUUCACUUCAUGGAUAGAAUGGAGAGGAACUUUUUAAGAGACCAAUCCGGAAUACGUGAUCAAAUGCUCACUUUAACGGAUUUAUGCCAACUAAUGCUUCCAAAAUUAAGCGAACAUUUGGGAAAAUGUGAUUCUUCCAAUUUGUUUUUUUGCUUUCGUAUGCUAAUAGUCUGGUUCAAAAGAGAAUUUGAGUUUGAAGAUGCCUGCAGUAUUUGGGAAAUCUUCUGGACAGACUUUUAUUCCUCUCAAUUUCAACUAUUUUUCAUGUUAGCGAUCUUGCAAAAAAGCAGUGAGCCUGUUAUGAGGAAUUUGACACAAUUUGAUCAGGUUUUAAAAUACUUUAAUGAAUUAAAGGGAUCAAUGGAUUGGAGUGAUCUGAUGAUAAGAAGUGAGUUGUUAUUCAUUAAGUUUAAGAAAAUAAUGGAUAUUCUCGAAAGAAGAACGGAGCUUAAUGAGUAUACGCUGCUCACGGCAGAGGGUAAUGUUGUCAACGAUUCAGUAACAGCUUCAUCUUCAGAUGACCAAGUUGCUCAUGAAUCAGUCGUGACAGAUAAUUUAAAGUUAUUGUUGUCCAAGAAGCUAGUAAUUCAAAGGGAAGGUCCCAGGAAUAAAGAUUCGGUUAGAUAA